UUGCUAACUCCUGUUGUGGCUAGCUUCUUUUAUGUCCGUAGAGUCCAGAAUUGGGUAAAUUUUUUGAUAGUGCUGAUCAACCCCGAAGAUUUUUUUUGGUAUUAUUUCUUUAAGGAGGCAGUAAUAAUCAUUUUAUUCAUGCACUGAUCCUGUUCCUUGGCUUUGGUUUUUACCUCUUCACUCCCUUACCGCUCAACCAGAAACUCCCUGACAUAGCCCAUGUAACAGAAAUUUGCAACGGCUUAAGUGAAACUGAACUCCACCCACUUGAGCACAGCAAUUCAAAUUAUUAUGUGUUUGUUAUUCCGGGAAACCGCGUCCUCCAUAGUAGGUAUCGUACUAGUAACAUACCAGCGCAUUCCGUUGCUAUGGAAAUUAUUUCUCCUCCCCGGACCCGACUCCAACAAAAGGCUGGUUUUACUUGAUUCUUGGAUUGUCAACAAUUAACCUAACCUCAUAAAACGUUUCUGCAUGUUGGAUAAAAAAAAUAAAUAAAGUAUUCUGGAAGGAGAGUGUCAACAGCGUGACUUGAGCAUAAUGAAGAUGGCAGAGGGUCGCCUGCAGGUGCUACAGAUAUACCGGCUCCUCCAGUAUGUCCACAAGGGAGACCGGUCUCAGAUAGAGAAGAUGGUUGAGAUGGGGGUGGAGGACCUCAUAAACCUGACAGAGCCGCGGGAGGGCACCGGGGCCCUCCACCUGGCUGCGGCAGCCAACAACAUGGACAUGGUCAGAUUUCUGCUGGCUCAGGGCGCCCAGCCCAAUGUCCAGGACAAGAGGGGACGUAGUCCGGUUAUGUUAGCUGCCGAGCUGGGCCACGACGGCGUACUGGCCCUGCUGGCUAAGAACUACGCUGACAUGAACUUGCUGGAUGCUGAAGGGAAAGGUGUGCUCUUUUACUGCAUCUUCCCCACCAAGCGCCACAUGCGCUGCCUGCAGUUGGCCCUAGACUUCAGGGCCGAUGUGAACAACGUCUCGCUCGCCGGGACACCCGUGUUCCUGUUGGCCUGCCAGCACGCCGCCGAAUGUUCCACCAUGUGCCUCAGCAUCCUGGAGAAGGGCGCCGACACCAACGCAGCCAGUCAGGUGACCGGGCGCACUGCGCUGAUGGAGGCAGCCAGGGCUGGUGCGGUGGAGCUGGUCAGAGCCAUCCUACAGAAGGGAGUGGACCCCAAUGGCCUCGACAAGAAACGCUUCCACGCUGCACACUUCGCUGCCAUGGGGGGAUUCUUCGAGGUGAUCCAGGUGUUGUCAGCGUACUCAGCCGACAUGGGGGUGAUGACAAUAGAGGGGGACACUCCUCUGCACUUCGCGGCCCGAGGGGGCUUCACCGACUGCUGCAGGUUCCUAGCACAAAGAGGCUGUAACCCGAAGCUAAAGAACCAGGAGGGCCUUCUCCCCCGUCAGAUUGCCAAAGACAACGGCCACAGGGCAGCAGUAAGGGAACUCAAGAAAGCAGAGAGGAUAUACGGGAAGCACUCCAAACCCGGGUUGUCCAAUCGCAACGCUCCCUGGGCCCUGAGACUACACGAUUGGUCCAACGAGCAUGAGGCUUCCCUCCGGAAGGCCUUUUUUGAAGAAUCAAAGUUUGAGGGCAAGGAAGUGGUCUCCAGGGAGACGUUCAUUUCUGUGCUGCAGGAGUUCCAGGCGCCUGUGGAACCAGACCAGAUCCAUACGGUAGUACUGGCUCACGACAAAAGGAGAGAGGGUCUAGUCAACAUCAGCGACUUCUUCAAGGGGCUCAAGUACAUCCAGAAGCCAUUCACCAUCGCCUCCUAUGGCCCCAAGAAAAAGAAAAGUGGAAAACGAGGUAAAAAGGUGAAGAGAAAUGCUAAAUUGUCCCUCCCCAUGCCUAUUUGUACCAUGCCACCUGAACUGAUAGUCCGUCGGGACGAUGGCGGGCCACCUAACUUCAUGAUUGAGACGUACCAGCAUUUCACCGACGUCACCCGAUUCGAUCGCGACCACCCGCCGGGCCACCCGAUCGAGGAUGACUCGGCCUGGUACAUCGACGAGCCGGACAGGGUGUACAGCAACAUCAGCUACAGCGUGAAGACGGGGGACCUGGAGUCCCUGAGGCUGGCUUUCAGUCAGGGAGUCCCGGUGGACGUGAAGGACCCCUUCUAUAAGACCCCUCUCAUGACCGCCUGCUCCAGUGGAAACUACGAGGUGGCCCUCCUCCUUCUCAACUUGGGGGCAGAUGUGAACGCUGGUGACCAGUUCCUUUGGACGCCCCUCCACCAUGCAUGUCACGCCGGCCAGCUUGACAUUAUGGAGCUGCUGGUGGAGAGAGGAGCCGCAGUGGACACGCCCGCUCUAAACGGGGCCACGCCCCUCAUGAGAGCCAUUGAGAGCUGCAGGCCCUGCUGCGUGGACUACCUCAUCAAGGCCGGGGCAAAUGUCAUGGCAGAAAACAAGAAAGCGCAAAAUUGUUUGGACAUCGCCUAUGCCUACGCAGACUUCAGGACAGUGGACUUGAUCCAGGCCAAGAUUGAUAGUUUACCCAAGCCCAAGGAAAAUAAGAAAGGAAAAAGCCAACCUCAACCCAAACCCAGAUCUGCUACUGCCAAAGAAAAGGGUCUUGGUGCCGUGACCCCUGCCCCCUCUAAGACGGCGGUGGAAAAGGCGACGUCCCUGAAGGACAGCGUGAUCAUGCACAGCUCUCGGAUCACCAGCGGACAGUUUAACAAAAUGGACAUCAGCUAUGUGCCAAAAACGGUGUGGGGCAAGCAGCCUGCCACCAGCCAGCUGCUUGAAACUAGGGAGAAGAGGAGAGAGAGGUUUUCCUGUGACGUGGACUUUGAGGACUUCAUGAUGCCCUUCACCAACAACAUCAGGCAGAAAUCUCUGGAGCUGACUAGAGAUACUGACUAGUAGGAACAACUUAACUGUGGUGCUUACAGACAGAAUGUUUUUGGCUCACAGAGUUGGGGUAUAAUCAAUUCAAUUCAGGAAGUGAAAUUAAAUUCACUAUCAGUGGCUGAAUUUAGGUCUUUAUAUGACCACAGGCCUUUGGCUUUACCACACUGACGAACAAGUGGGCUGCUGAUUUGCAAUUAUGUUAAGCUAGAUGAAUGGUUGGGAAUAAAACGAGAGGCAUUGAGCAGUAGAAGGUAAGACAUGAGAAUAAUGUACAGAUGUUGUACCUGACAUAAUAUGAAAAUAAAUCCACUUGAAUUCUAU